AUGGACCACACCCUUGACUUGAAGAUCCCUUUCCCAACAAACCGGUUAGCGAAUAUCGCUGAGCAAGUUCUUGGUGUCGACAAGGAACUGAAGACCGAUCAAGUGAAACGUACAACGGUCGUCAAUGACAACAUCCUCGAAGCGUAA